AAGAAGAUGUGUUCUCCUUCCUGUUUCCGUCAACACACGUGUGUGUACGUGUGGUUGGAGAACAGCAGAAAAUUUUCACAGAACCCGUCAGAACCUGGUGAACCGUUCUUCGACAGUCUCUCCUCCGGUCCCGGGGUCCAGUCCGCCAUGUUGGAACAGCUCGGUCUCAUUGGGACUAUCGGGGAUGACGAGCAGAGCCCGGAGGAACCCGACAGCGAGUCCGACCAGGAGGACGAGCCGAUCAUUCUGAACAGGAAGAAGAAGCUUGGGGGUCGUGGUACGAAAGACUUCAACACUGACUUUGUGUUUGGAGAGAGAGACGGACUGAACGAUGACGACGACUGGGUGAUGGCCGACGUCAUGAAACAGCUCAAGAACAAAAGAACUGCGACCACUUUGGAUCAAAAAAUUGAGAAAAUUAGGAAGAAGAGGAAAGCAGAGGAGAAAUCAGCUGAGAAGGACGCUGCAGGAGGUUCUGAUGAGAAGGACCAGGAGGAAGAAGGGGACGAUGAAGAGGAAGAGGAGGAUGUGAAACCUCCUGCAGGACAAGAGGUCGAUGAAGAUGAGGAGGAGGAAGAGGAAGAAGAUGAAUUUGACUCAGAAGACGAGGAGAUUCUGACUAAAUCAGACACGCUGAGAGACAAAGAGAGACGAGGGAAGAAGAGGAAGCCGGAGGAGGAGGCUCCAGAGUCAUUCUAUGAGGAUGCCUCACAGUUCGACGAUAAGCUGACUUUUGAUGACAUGAACCUGUCCCGGCCCAUCCUGAAGGCUAUCACAGCUCUGGGCUUCAAACAGCCAACUCCCAUCCAGAAGGCAUGUGUUCCUGUCGGCCUGCUGGGCAGAGACCUGUGCGCCUGUGCUGCUACUGGGACAGGAAAGACCGCCGCCUUCAUGCUGCCAGUGUUGGAGCGUUUGGUUUAUAAGCCCAGGACAUCCCAGGUCACCCGGGUUCUGGUUCUGGUUCCCACCAGAGAGCUGGGGAUUCAGGUUCACUCCGUGGCCCGUCAGCUCGCCCAGUUCACGUCCAUCACCACCUGCCUGGCUGUCGGUGGGUUGGACCUGAAGUCUCAGGAGGUGGCGUUGAGGGCGGGGCCAGAUGUCCUGAUAGCUACACCUGGUCGUCUGAUCGAUCACCUUCACAACACACCGAGCUUUGAGCUGUCGCACAUCGAGAUCCUGAUCCUGGACGAAGCCGACAGAAUGUUGGAUGAGUACUUUGAGGAACAGAUGAAGGAGAUCAUCAGGCUGUGCUCCUACAACAGACAGACCAUGCUGUUCUCUGCCACCAUGACAGAGGAGGUGAAGGACCUGGCGGCCGUGUCGUUGAAGCAGCCAAUUAGAAUCUUUGUGAACAGCAACACUGACGUCGCUCCAUUUCUACGACAAGAGUUCGUCAGAAUCCGACAGAACCGAGAAGGAGACAGAGAGGCCGUGGUGGCUGCUCUGCUGACUCGGACGUUCCAGGAUCAUGUGAUGUGCUUCACUCAGACCAGGAAACAGGCUCACAGACUCCACAUCCUUCUUGGGCUAAUGGGAUUAAAGGUUGGAGAACUGCAUGGAGAACUGAGCCAGAACCAGAGACUGGAGAACCUCAGACGUUUCAAAGACGAACAGAUCGAUAUUUUAGUGGCGACAGACGUGGCAGCCAGAGGUUUGGACAUAGACGGGGUAAAAACGGUCAUAAACUUCACCAUGCCAUCCACUAUAAAACACUACGUCCACCGUGUCGGCAGGACGGCGAGGGCAGGCCGAUCAGGGAGGUCUGUGUCGCUGGUUGGAGAGUCUGAGAGGAAGAUCCUGAAGGAGGUGGUGAAGUCUGCAAAGAGCAGCGUGAAGGCUCGAGUCCUGCCUCCAGAGGUGAUCCUGAAGUUCAGAGAUCUGAUCACCAAACUGGAGAAAGACGUUGAAGCAGUGAUGAGGCUGGAGAAGGAGGAGAGAGAGCUGGCUGCUUCUGAGGCUAAGUUGAGUGUAGCUCAGAAGCGUCUGGAUGGAUCGGCCUCCUCGUCUACGGCUCAGAGAGUUUGGUUUCAGACUCAGCAGGAGAGGAAACAGAGCCGCAUGUCCAAGGCUCUGCAGGAGUUUGAUCUGGCUCUGAGAGGGAAGAAGAAGAGAGAAAAGUUCCUGAAGGAGGGCAAGAAGAAGAAGGAACUGUCGUCUGAGGAGCGCGCUCAGUUCGAGAUUCUGAAGGCUCAGAUGUUCGCUGAGCGGGCUGCCAAAAGAGAGAGACGACCGAAGAGAGCAAGAGCAAUAGUGGAGGACGAGGCGCCAAGCACAGCAGCCAAACAGAAAUCAGGAAAAGGAGGAAAGAAGUCGAUGUUUGAUAAAGAACUGACCAACACCAGCAACAAGGCGCUCAAACAGUACCGAGCAGGACCGUCUUUUGUUGACAGAAAACGUCUGGGUUUGGACAGGAAGCGUCCAGGUAACUCCAGAUUCAAGAAGAAGAAGAAGUGAGAGCCAAGAUGGCCGCCUGGAAAAGCAGUUUCCUCCUUGAAUUUCCCACAUCAUUGUCAUGUUCACAUUGUAAAUGUUUUUUUGGAUUCUAUCUUUCAGACAUUUAAAUAAAGUUAUCUGUGUU